AUGUAUAUCUCGCAAGAUUUAGUAGCAGAAGUGGAGGAGGAGACGUUGGAGGGUGGCUUGAAGAUGCCAGCGAUACCUCCGCCGCAGACGCCGCACGAGCCAAUGGAGUUCUUGUCGAGGUCGUGGAGCGUGUCGGCGUCCGAGAUAUCGAAAGCUCUUCUGGCUGGGAAUAAGAAGAGUAACUUCGUGGUGGAUCAGUUGCCGGAAAUGAUGAUACCGGAGAAUCUGGUGAUUGCCGCUGCCGGAUCUCCUCAGAGCACUAGCAAGCGACCACGCAGAGGCAUAAACUCCAUACUUACCCACCAUGCAACGAUCGGGAAAUGGUUUCACCACAUGGAAACCAAUCGAACCAAAGCGAAGAGCAAGGAGAAAGCUCGUGCCGAGAAAGCCCGAGUCCAUGCCGCCGUAUCCGUGGCUGGAGUGGCUGCAGCAGUUGCUGCCAUUACUGCGGCCUCGACUUCGGAGAACCGGCCCUCGAAAAUGAGUGCCGCCAUGGCCUCUGCCACCGAGAUCUUGGCGUCGCACUGUGUAGAGAUUGCAGACCAAGCUGGAGCUGGUCAUCAGCAUCUGGCUUCUGCAAUCCGGUCAGCGGUAGAUGUCAAAACAGCCGGUGAUCUGAUGACGCUCACUGCUGCAGCAGCAACAGCACUACGUGCAGCGGCAGCAUUGAAGUCGAGAUCGCAAAGAGAAGCAAGGAACAAUGCUGCUGUCAUCCCUUACGAGAAGGGUCACCGUGGCAACCCAGAUAUCUGGCGCAAAGAAGGCGAGCUGCUCAAACGCACCGAACAAGGAACUUUACACUGGAAGAGAGUGUCAGUCUACAUCAACAAGAAGUCGCAGGUCAUGGUAGAGCUCAAGAGCAAGCACAUAGGAGGUGCACUUUCAAAGAAGAAAAAGAGUGUUGUUUAUGGACUGUAUGAUGGGAUUCCAGCAUGGUCUGGGCGUGCAAGAGAAUGUGCUGAACAAAGAUGCUACUUUGGCCUGAGAACAGCACAAGGUCUGAUAGAGUUCGAGUGUGAGAAUAGUGUCAGCAAGAAGAAAUGGGUGGAUGGAGUGCACAACCUGCUAAGAGAAGUAUCGGGUGAAGCUGAGCAAAUAGAGGACUCCAUGGAACUGCUAAACCUCAGCUGAUGUGCCUUCAAAAAGAUG